UGAGGCAGGAUUAAAGAUGGAAGUCGCCCCGAAAGAUCGACGAUUUUAUUCCCUUCCCGAGAAAGAGAAACACGUGGAUUUGUCUGGAAGUACCAAAACUGACAGUUUGAUCAGAUACAUCUCUGAAAAUAUCAUCGGCAAUGACAAAGUGUUCAGUGGACCAUAUGGUUUAAGGAAAGUGACCUACUUGGAUUACACUGCAUCAGGAAGGGGAUUGAAGUUCAUUGAAGAUUACAUAGAGAAUGAAGUAUUACCUGACUAUGGAAACACACACACCACUACAAGUAUCACCUCUCUCCAGACAACUCUGUACAGACAUGAGGCCAGGGACAUUGUGCGGAAUGCUGUACAUGCCGGUGAGCAUGACUCUGUGAUAUUCUGUGGGAAUGGAACCACUGCCGCCAUCCACAAACUCAUUCAUGCCCUAAACCUAAGGGAGCCUCCGGUUGUAUUUGUCAGUCCAUACGAACAUCAUUCCGUUCUGCUGCCAUGGAAGGAACAAGGUGCUAAGGUACUUAGGAUCAAAGAGGACCAACAUGGCUGUGUGUGCCUGGCAGACCUUACAGCCAAACUACAGCAAUGGAAGACAAGUGGCCGACAGUUGAUUGGUUGUCUGAGUGCUGCGUCAAACAUCACAGGGAUGCUGGUCGAUGUAGAUGCAGUAACAGUUUGUCUUCAUCGUCAUGGUGCUUUAGCUUUCUGGGACUACGCUACAGCAGCUCCUUAUGUCAGGAUAGACAUGAACCCAGUCAAUACCAG